AUGGCGCAGUUCACCGAGCAGGAUUUCUUCGGUGGGGCAAUUCGGGGAGUUGUGCCGCAGGGCUGGAUUGACGCCAGCACCCUGCGCGAGAUCCCAGACCACCAGGAACUCUUCCUCUCGCCACGCACGCUCUCCAACCUAAUUAUCGAGGUCAACCAGCGCGUACCCCAAGAAGAAGCCCUGAGCACCUUCACCAACCCCACGCACCAACAACAAACGCCCAGUGCCGGCAGCGGGAGCGCAGCCAGCGCAACACCAGAAACAGUUGACCAAGCCGCCGCGCUGUACCACCUGCACGACCUCUGCGACGAGGGCGACACGUUGCAGGUGAUCACGCCGCCGCAGCGGGUAUCAAUGGCGCGUCUGUCGACCCAGCCAGCCUCUUCAACCUCAUCCUCAUCCUCAUCAACUUCUACUUCUAUGCCAAUCAACGCAUACAAAGGCGUUGUCUCCUUCACGACGCCCGUCCGCCAACGGCCCGGCGGCGGCCGGGUCCCCGCCGCCGUGGAUGGAUCGACGGCGUCGGUGCCGGACUCGAUUGUGGCGAGCGCCGCGCUGAAUGGGGAUUCCGUGGGCAUACCGCAGACGUCGAAGCUGACUUGCCAUUAUCUGCUUGUGCGGCUCGAGCCGCAGGAGACGGAUCUGUUGGUGUUUUUGAAUGUGCCGCAUGAGGAGUUCAAUAAGAGUGGGGAUCCGAAUGAGUUGUCCGGUGAGGAGGCGGCUGCCGAGGAGACGCUUGCUGCUUUGCGCGAGAAGUUGGAGAUCCGUGACUGGGGGCUGUUUGCUUAG